AGUUUAUUAUUAGCAUCCGUGCAUUAAACAUCGAUCGUAAUGGUGAGGUUGAGUUUCAUUUUAAGAGAUCCUUUGAAAUUAAAGCAAGCUGCUGCUCAAACUGUCAUUGUUAUUUAUGUUGCAUUGAAUCUGCUUAGUACACAAUGGUGGAAAGACGUUCCUUUGGGACCUCCUGAUAUUAUUCUCGGGAUUUUUGAAGCCCACAAACUCGACAACAAUCCAAAUAAAAUCGAUUUGUCUGUCGGUGCGUAUCGUGACAAUUUCGGCAAACCUUAUGUGCUUCCAUCUGUUAUAAAGGCAGAACAAAAUAUCGUAGACAAAAAGCUAGACAAGGCAGUUGCAAAUGACAUUGGCAGUGAAUUUUUUCGUCAAGUGAUGUUUCGUCUCGCUGUGGGCGAUGAUCUUCUCGACAGACCUCACGUCAGCGUUCAAAGUGUAAGUGGAAGUGGAAGUAUUAAAAUUGCAGCCGAAACCAUAAGUCAAUUGUAUAAAGGGAAUAAAUUGAUUUUUAUUCCAAACCCAUCAUGGGCGUAUCAUGCUCCUAUAUUUCGGCUAUCAGGCUUAAAAACCGAGUUCUAUCGUUACUAUGAUGAACGCAAUCACGAACUUGAUCACUCGGGAAUGAUGACAGAUCUAACUCAUCUUCCCAACAAUUCGAUUAUUCUUUUUCAAAUGGUUGGACAUAAUCCAACUGGAGCUGAUCCUACACCAAAUCAAUGGCGUGAAAUAUCACAAAUUUUAAAAGAUAGAAAUAUUUUAAUAUUUAUCGAUAUGGCUUAUCAGGGAUUUGGAACAGGAUGUCUUUCCACAGAUGCUUUUCCAUUGAAGCAUUUUAUAGAAGAAGGCCACAUGGUGGUUUUUGCACAAAGCUUUAGCAAGAAUAUGGGGCUUUAUAGUGUUCGUGUUGGUGGCGUAACAUUUAUGAUCCGAAAUGAAGAAGAAGGAAAAUCUAUACUUGAACAGUUGAAACAUUCCGCUUUAUGUAUGUAUGGACAGCCACCAAUUCAUGGAUCACAAAUUGUCGAAGAGAUUUUCAGAUGUCCCGAGUUGAAAAAUAAUUGGGAAAAUGAAGUGAAAAUGAUGCAUAAACGAAUCAGCUCAAUGCGUCAAGUUCUGUUGGAUAAACUUCACCAGAACGGGUCAUCACGAGAUUGGAGUCAUUUAAUGAAACAGAAAGGAAUGUUUUUCUAUUCAGGUUUGAGUGUCGAACAAUGCGAACAAUUAAUAAAUGAACACAGUAUUUAUGUUGUUAAGAACGGGCGAAUGUCGGUAUGCGGAAUUAAUGAACACAAUGUUGACUAUCUUGCACAUUGUUUACAUAAAGUAACCAAGUAAACAAAUAAGAAAUAAAUAUGUCACAUCUUCUACAUUACAUAUUACUAGAAUAAAGUUGAAAUAAAACGCC